AUGUUGUCUAUUCUAAAGAGGUUACGCUGCAUCACACUUGCUAUUACUGGUACACUUAUUGCUUACAAAGGAGAUCUGGGUGACUCUUAUUGCUUGUCAGUCAAACUUGGUUUUAAAGUAGCAUAUGCAGAAUUGGCAAAGAAGCAUCCAUGUUUUGGAUUUGCUCAUAAGAUUCCUAACUAUGUGUGGUGGAAGAUUUGUGUCAGGGAUUCCUUUGUUAAGGCAGGUUAUGAAUAUGAUGAUGAGACAUUUGAGAAUAUAUUUAGUCGCAUAUAUGCUACUUUUGGUUCUGCUGCACCUUAUAGAAUAUUUCCUGAUGCUAUACCGAUCCUCAGAUGGCUCCGCCAGAGGGAUGUUACAGUUGGGUUGGUCAGCAAUGCUGAGUAUGGAUAUCGUGAUAUAAUUCUUACUGCAUUAGGCUUAAAUCAGGGAUCUGAGUGGGAUUUCGGCGUAUUCUCCGGUCUUGAAGGUGUUGAAAAGCCAGAUCCAAGAAUAUUUGAGAUUGCUUUGAAGAAAGCAGGAAAUGUAGCACCAGAAGCAGCACUUCACAUUGGAGAUAGCUUGAAGAACGACUACUUAGCUGCGAGAGGUGUUGGGACGCAGGCUUUGUUGUUAGACAGGUUCAAGACUGCUGAUGCUGUCGAUUGGAGGAAAUCUGGUGCCAUUGUGCUGCCUGACUUGAUCGCUACCAAAGAGUGGCUUACCUCUGAAGUAUUGAAAUGAAGUGACAUGUGAAAGUCUGUUUGAUAGUUUUC